ACGUCUGAAAUGGCGACACAUUAAUAAAGUUAUACUCUAAAAUAGAUCCGUUGGAGUUGGAUACCUAACGGCUAGUGUGGCAGCGUUCUUGAAAAGAAGGAUUCGAGGCCCAGAAAUCCCUCAGAAUUCAAAAGUUUUUGAAGCAGAUCCAGAGUGAUCGCCAACCGACCCAGAAAUCCCUCAGCAUUCAAAAGUUUUCGAAGCAGAUCCGAGUGAUCCCCAACCAAACACCCAAGAGAAACACUUGCUCUAUUCUUGCUCUUUCGAAAUUAGGGCAGUCUCUCAGCCAUGAACAAUCUCAUGACCAGAUCCUUCCUCAGUUAUGCAGACCUCAAGAAGGAGGCCAUGAAAGAUCUAGAGGCAGGCGCUGGCACCGAUGACGCGCUUGAAAUAGAAACGAGCAUGCCGGACGACAGCCUUCGUCCAUUCUUCGAAGAAGCCGGGUUAGUGAUGGAAGAAAUGGCCUCCAUUCGAGACCUUCUCGCCCUUCUGGAGGCUGCCAACGAGGAGAGCAAGUCAGCUCACAAGCAAGAUGUGUCGCGUGCCCUGCGAGAGCGUAUCAACCAGCACAUCUUAGAGGUCCUCAAGACCGCCCGACGCAUACGCGAGCGUCUAGAAGACAUGGAUCGCGCCAAUGCAGCAAACCGCCGCCUCUCCGGCUUUCGCGAGGGAACACCGAUAGAUCGAACCCGGACUUCAGUGACCAACGGGCUACGCAAGAAGCUUAAAGAGCUGAUGAUGGAUUUUCAGGCACUGAGGCAGAGAAUGAUGACGGAUUACAGAGAAGCGGUGGAGCGCCGUUACUUUACUCUGACAGGGAAUGUUCCGCCGGAGGAUGUGGUGGAGAAGAUGAUUUCCGAGGGGAAGAGCGAGGAGCUGUUCAAAAGAGCCAUCUGUUCAAGUGGACGGGCUAUGGUUACAGAGACCUUGAGUGAGAUCCAGGAUAGGCAUGAUGCGGCCAAGGAGGUGGAAAAGAGUUUGCUUGAACUCCAUCAGGUAUUCUUGGACAUGGCUGUGAUAGUUGAGGCGCAAGGUGAGAAGAUGGAUGAUAUAGAGCACCAUGUAUCAAGCGCUGCUCACUACGUUAGUGGAGGGACGAAGGAGCUCAACUCUGCUAAGAUUUAUCAAAGGAGAAGCCGCAAAUGGUUCUGCAUCGCCGUUAUUCUUCUUCUUGUACUUGUGCUGCUCGUUGUUAUCCCAAUUGUCACCAGCCUUAGCAAGUCAUGAGGACCUUACUCUUGCUUGAUUAAUUGCAUAACACUCUGCUCUAUUUCUGAGCACUCUGAUAGAAGCUCUUUCUGCAUUUUUUCUGCAUAAUAGAAUUAGUAUGGCCGUUGUGCCUUCUCCCUAGAACAAUGUAUCUGUUGCUGAUUUUUUUUUAGAUAUUUGAUUGUGUUAGCUAUUGUGCUUCUCCCUAAACUGUGUUCAUUUUAUCUAAUUUGUGUUAAAUCAAGUGCAUCAAA